AUGCUGCGCACCGCGGGUCCUGGGGUGGGGGUGGGCCUCUUCUCGAGGCGCGGCACGCGCCUCGCGAGCGACUCGCUCCGCUUUACGGGUAUAGGCUUGGGUGACAGGGAGGACGGCGGUGCCCUGAGGAGGAGUGGCUGCGCAGACGAUUCAUUCGACGACUCAGACAUGCAUUCUUCCGACGGCGACGACGGCGACGACGAUGAUGGCGAGGGGGCGGACGACGACGAGCACCUGGCGCUGAUUGAUCCCGAGGAGAGGGAGGAGUACCUGGUCCGGAGGGCCAUGGACAGGAUCAACCGCGCUCAGGCCAGGGGCAGGGAUGACGUGAGCCUGACAAAGACAGAGCUGGAGGCCCUGGAGCGGUGGAGGCGGCGUAUAGAGGAGGAGGAGGAGGAGGAGAGGAGGGAGCGCAGGAGGAGGCGGAAGCACCGCGUAUCGGUGCCCCUGUCUCAGCUGGAGACCGUCUCUCGCAAGAGCAGGUCGUCCCGCGACGGCUCGGAGCCGUCUUCCUCGCGCCAUCCUUCGACCGAUAGCCGGGCCUCGAGGCCCAGCAGCAGCCGCCAGGCAUACCCGCCCUUGGGCCUCUUCCCUCCCCCUUCGUCGGCCUCGGACGCCCGAUCGCGCCGGCGCUCCGGGACUACGACUUCGGCAUACCGGCCGGACGGUCGCGAGCCCUCCUUCCAAUACGACUACGUGCAGCGGCCGGCAUCGUCAGCCUCACGGCACGUCUCGGACUCCCUCACGAGUGCUGGAGGCCCGCGCUCGUCCCGUAACGCCUACCAGGCGGACCCGUACCAGCUCCACACCGUGGGGUCGCGUGCGCCGCCGGCAUCGUCAUCGGCAGGCGCUGCGGCGGCGUCCUCUUCCAGAAGGCACACGGCGUCGGAUGCGGCCUACUCGUCAGCACAUCAGCGAGCGUCAGCACCCGCCCUUCCUGUCCCAGGCAGGAGUGGUGGUCACGAUUAUGCCGACGAGACGAUGAUGAUGAGCUCCGACGAAGGGGGCGGCAGCCGGUCGAGCGAGCAGAGCACCAGCGAUGAUCUCAACAGCGGGGCGCGUAUCGCCCAAGCGGAAGCCUGUGCCGAGCAGAGGUAG